AUGAGUAAUGCAGCAUUUAUAGAAGAUUGGAACAGCAUUGUUCCGUUCAAAAUCAAAGCAAUAGAUUUGGAAAAGCCUACAGAACAGUUUGUGUACAAAGCAAUACUCCAUUUUUUUAAGCUCAUGCAUUACGAUGUUUCCAGUUACGAAAACAUGUACAGCGAAUCUACCGAAACUAUCACGUCGAAGCGGGUGGAACUAGUGGCGAGGAUCAACUACAUCUAUCAGCUAUGCUCAGAUUCGAAACAAACUUCCUUCUUUUAUAUUGAUCUCGUAAAGCCAACGGGUAAAAAAAUAGUACAUCUCUUGAAAAUACUAUUAAACUACCUGUUCUACAUCAACAUGGUGAAAGAAAGCGUACAGGAAAAGGCCAACCUUUGUACCGAGAAAUAUUUUGAGCUGAAAGUCAAACUCAACCAGAAACAAAUAAUGAAGGAAGAAACCAAAAUUCGAGCCAACGAUAUCAAUCGUCAUAUAGAUGACUUGAAAAAUCGGCUUCCCCAAUUGAAGUCUCAAAUUGACACUCUUCACCAACGCAAAAACGCGCUACAGGAAAGCAUUGCUACAUUGAAAAUGAACGAUCAAAAUCUGGCUGAUCAAAUUAUCAAACUAAAAGUUGAACACUCGGAGCUAACCGAUCAGAUUGUGACAGAUGAAGAGGCCGCUUCAAUGAGGAGUACAAAAAAUUCCCUGGAAAAAGAAAUCGAAACACUUUGUGAUACGGAAAAACAGCUUCAGAAAACGUACGAAAUUCAUGUUGCAUCUAUCAAUGAGAUCAGACCGUGUAAUGCGCUUCUGGAAAAAUUGUUACAAUUUGAAUUCGAUGAUUCUUGCAAAAAUUUGCGAAAGGAAUUGAUCGAAUUGAACACCUUGUACGAUAAGUUACAAAAACAACACACCAGUUUGAUGAACGUUUCAGACGGUUUGCAAGAAAAUUGUAAAGAAAUUGAAGCACUUAUAGCGGAGAAAAAACAAGAGCUAGAUAUACGAACAAAAGUGUCUGAAAAGAGUGAUAGAAAAAACGAUCACAAACUUCUAGAGAAGGAGAAACACCUUAAAGCUUUGCAGGACACCAACGAAAUUUUCGAACAGAUGCUGGCAAUUCAACGAUUAGAAGUACAAAGAGUUGUUGAAAUGACUGAAAAAUCUUUAAUGGUUAUCAAACAAAAUUUGAUUGAAUAA